UUCCUAUAACCAAGAAUUAAUUACAAUUUCAUGAACCAGAAGAAAUUAGCAGUGUUUAAUUGCACUCGUGCAGGCGGUCAAGCCAGUGAUUUUGUGAAAAAAUCGGUCGCCUCAUCUCCAUAAAUUCCCUCUGACAGAGGGAAAAUCCCGAGGGUUUUUUUUUCAGGGAGAUAAAGGAGGAAGGGAAGAAAUUGUGCAUCUGCAUUUGAGGACUCUCGGUACAGACCAGUGCAGUGUGACAAGUGUGUCGAUGUGGGCGUUAUGCACGAUUCUCUCAAUAGCGAUAAUGAAUAGUGAUAUUGCACGUUAAUAUGGCGAUUCACAUGAUUUUUGGAAGCGUCAGAUUCACGUGAAGAGUUUCUCACGAGAGAAUUUUCGGUCGAGUGAGUGAUUUAGGAGAGAGAACUGUUACGCCCUGAGAGGAGCCCAUUCUCUGGACUCCAGCAUUUUUUUUUUGAUUUUUUUCCCCUAUUGAAAUUCGUGAAAUCGGGAGUGAUAGUGCUGCACUUGGGGAAGAUGGCCAGGGACUAUGAUCAUCUUUUCAAACUGCUCAUCAUUGGGGACAGUGGUGUUGGAAAAAGCUCUCUCCUCCUCAGAUUCGCCGACAACACCUUCAACGGAAGCUAUAUAACAACCAUAGGAGUUGAUUUUAAAAUACGAACAGUUGAAGUUGACGGUGAACGAGUGAAACUCCAAAUUUGGGACACAGCUGGCCAAGAACGUUUUCGGACGAUAACGUCGACAUACUAUCGUGGUACUCAUGGUGUUAUUGUUGUGUACGACGUAACGAGUGGUGAUUCAUUUGCCAAUGUCAAGAGAUGGCUUCACGAAAUCGAACACAAUUGCGACAUUGUUAAUAGGGUUUUAGUUGGUAAUAAAAAUGACGCGCCAAAUCAUAAAGUUGUGCUCACGGAGGAUGCACAACGUUUUGCUAAUCAAAUGGGAAUACAGUUGUUCGAGACGUCGGCCAAGGAUAACAUCAAUGUCGAAGAGAUGUUCAUGGCCAUAACCCGUCAGGUUCUCCGCACGAAAAAAGAGCGAAAAGAGCGUCAGGCAAUUCAGACAAACGAAACCGUGAAUUUGCGGAAAAGUACGAAGCAGCAUAGAAAAAAGUGUUGUUAGCAUAUUCCCCAGUCUCCACUCCCACAUAAUCCAGCAGAUGAUAACAAACACAAGUGUUUGAAUAAUUCGAUGUCAGGACAUCCUAUGUUAAUAUAAAUGAGCCACAAAGUCAAGUAGGUAAGACGAUAAUGAACUUGAACAUUUGUAAAGAGUUCUCAAGCUCCCCUGGAGAUAUAUUAUUUCAUGUUGAAAAACGAGGAAACAAUAAUGCGAAUUAACAUGGCACAAUUAUUGGCGCCUGUCAGUUGCCCCCUUUUUUUCAAAUGCAUAGCACAUUUACAGGGGUCACGUGAUUCUCAGCGAAUGAGUUUUUAAUAAAAUCGAGCAUGCAGCCCCAUUUAUGAAUUAUUCAACGAAAUCUGUAAUUGUCGAGCUAAAAAAAGUCGUAUUAUAUGCCUAGACGUAAUUUAAUAAAUAAAACAUUCAGUUGCUAUUUGUAAAGUGUUAUGAACAAUUGUUUUUUAAUAAAUAAAAUUAUUUAAGAUGAAUUAGGAAGUGCAGCACAAACACGAAUUUUUCGUACGAAAGAUUUUUUUACAAUUGAUUGAUUGAGAUGAUGAAAUUCGUUGUAAAUAUGUACAUCAGUUAUCAACAUUUUACAAAUAGUUUUCAUGUCAUUGUGGUCGACCUAAAUCUCAUAGAUUACGGGCUUAUUUACUGAGAGAAUAUUCCUGCAGUAUUUCUGUUAAACGAGUCCAGUUGAAUCAUCUCCAACCUUGAUUCUUUGUAAAUAUUCUCGUAGAAUUGUUUUUUUAUGAGAUAUUCAAAAGAAAAGGUGAGAUAAAGUAACUUAUUUUGUUUUAUCACUUCACUGCAAAUUUUAACGUGGAAAAUUACAGGAGAAUGGAAUCAGUCGUGACGAAGACUGCGAGAUAGUAUGUGAUAAAUAAUUUCAAAACGUCAGUAGCAAAAAUAUAGAACCAAAAAUCAUCACGAAUUUUACUCGCGAUUUCAGUCGUAUCGGCAUAUCAGAAUUGAACUCUGACCACAAAGUAUUCGUACGUGAGCAAAAGAGGAGUCAAGGGCGAAGUGAUACAAUGAACAAUCAAUUAUAUGCUAAAAAAAUAGUCUUCUUUCUUUUUCAAUAAAUUUCUUCGGACAAUUAGGCAGCUUUGUUGCUUGUUCUUCACCAAAUAUUUCAAGCAAAAAUAUUAUCGCAAUGGUGCAAGUACUUUUUUGCUGUCAACCAUUCGUUAAAUUGAUUUUCAAAAGAAUUUCAAUUUCAGGAAAAAAAUUCGAAAGCCCUUUGUUAUUGCACAAUCCAAGGAAUAAAAUUCCAGUUCUCAAUGGUUAUCACUUCGUCGUUGAACUGGAGAGCAUAUUCGUCGUUAAUCGCAAUGUACCUGAUGUAACGGCGCGAGAAUGUAUGUACCAAGUAUUAGCCUACACAAAUAUAAACUUUCUAUUCAACAAUAAAAAUGGAAAAAAGCAAAAA